ACACACACAGACACACACACUCACACACACACAAGUCCGGCAUCGACUCACGCGUUCACGGAGUAUUCAUCAAAAGUCUUCUGGUCCAACAUCUGGCAUAACCAAGGCGAGGAGAACAUCUGCUGUAACGUUGAGUCCCCUGAAAUGUGUCCCUCGUCGACCAGGCCGGUCCUGGUCCUGGUCCUGGUCCUGCUGGGUCACGCUGCAGGCUACACCUUGGAUCUGGAGAACGUUGUGGAGUUCCGUGGCGUAAAUGACUCCAUGUUCGGGUACUCGGUCCUGCUGCACCGUCACCGAACUCACAGCUGGUUGGUGGUGGGCGCGCCGGUGGACAACUCUUCUUCGUCAAGUCGCUCUUCGGGAGCCGUUUACCGCUGCAGCGUCAGCACGAACGACCGCCGCUGUCAGAUCAUGCACGCCGACGUGUUGCAUUGUGGGAAAACCUGUGAGGCGGAGAGCGACCACCAGUGGUUAGGAGUCAGUCUGUCCCGACAGCCUGGGAAUGUGGCGGGAGGAGGCGGACAUGUUUUGGCGUGUGCACAUCGCUGGAAGAACGUGUACUAUUCGGAGAAAGACAGUCAGAACAACAAGCUGCCCAAUGGCGUCUGCUAUCGCUAUGACAACAACCUGAGACACGCCCAGGCGAUCAUACCUUGCUACAGAGACCACCAGAGGAAGUUCGGGGAGGAAUACGGCUCAUGUCAGGCCGGCAUCUCCAACUUCCUGACUGAGGACCUGAUCAUCAUGGGCGCUCCAGGCACGUCUUAUUGGACGGGUUCAGUCCUGGUCUUCAACACGUCCAGCAGCGUCAUGUCCGCCUACUUGGACGACGACUCGGCAGCCGUGGGCUUCGGGAGCUAUUUGGGUUAUUCCGUAGGAGCAGGUCACUUCCUGAAUGCUGCUAGCUUAGAGGUGGUGGGCGGAGCUCCACAGUACAACCAGAGGGGAAAGGUGUUCAUAUUGUCUGUGGACGGCAACAUGCUGCGUGUGCUCGCUCACGUGGCAGGAAGUGAGCUGGGCUCGUACUUCGGCGCCAGCGUGUGCGCCGUGGAUCUGAACGCCGACGGCCUGUCAGACCUGUUGGUGGGCGCUCCCAUGGCGACGGGCCACAGCAGAGAGGAGGGGCGUGUCCACGUCUACAUCAACCAGGGCCAGGCCAAGCUGCUGGAGGCGGGGUUUCAGCUGAGCGGCAGCGACGCGUACGCCGCCCGCUUCGGUGAGACCAUCGCUGACCUGGGAGACUUGGACGAUGACGGUUACCCCGAUGUGGCCGUGGGCGCCCCCCAGGAGGAGGAGCUCAAAGGUGCGGUCUACAUCUACAACGGCAGACAGGAAGGCAUCUCGCUAACACCGUCACAGAGGAUCACCGGCUCCUCGCUGGGUCGCGACCUCAGGAUGUUCGGACAGUCGCUGAGCUCCGGCGUUGACAUCGACGACAACGGUUACCAAGACGUGGCGGUGGGGGCGUUCCUCUCGGACGCGGCCGUGGUCCUCAGGACGCGACCUGUGCUGCAGGUGGCGGCGUCGCUCAUCCUGCCCGAGCGCAUUGACCAGCGGGUGGCGCUGUGCGGGAACCACAUUACCGUGUGCGCCAACGUCACCGUCUGCUUCAGGGUCACGUCCAGGCAGUACAGAGGAGCCAUAGAGCUUCAGUACAACCUGACCUCUGACCUUCUCCACAAGCCGUCCUUCCCUCACCGCUUUUAUUUCCACGGCAACGGCUCGUCCAACAGCACCAAGGGGCGCGUGCGGGCGCGACUCGGCCAGCUGACGUGCACAACUCACCUUGCUUACCAGAGGAAAGACGUGAGGGACAUCUUCACGCCGCUCCGCUUUGAGGUGUCCUACAGCCUCGGAGAAACAAACACAAACAAACCAACGUCCAAACUCUUUCCUCCAUUGAAACCCAUCCUGAGGAGGGGGGCGUGGCCUCACAACACCGUCACCAACCAGACACACUUCGCUCGGUCCUGCUUCCUGCCCAACUGCUCCACGGACCUUCAGCUGUCAGCGACACUCGUGCUGCCACAACAGCACCAGUACUUUGCGUUGGGUUCUGGCCGCUCCUUCCUGUUGAACACGUCCCUGCUGGUGGCGGGGGACGACGCCUUCCUGCCUCGCCUCAUGCUGCGUUUCCCCGACGACGUCCACUACGUCAAAGUGCUGCACGAGGAAGACACGGCGGUGAGCUGCGACGUCACACAGGAAGUGAACGGCACCACGGUGGAGGUGUCCUGCAGCGUGUCCAGCAUCAUCCUCACGUCUCACUCGCUGGUGAACAUCAGCUUCCUGUUGGACGUCAACCAGAACGCCACACCCGGUGACAUCGUCAUUCACGCCAACGCCAGCAGCGACAACUGGGAGAGUUGGGAGUAUCUCCAUGACAACGCUGUCAGCUCCGUGCUCCCUCUCAAAUACGCCGUCGACGUCCACGUUCACGGUUUUGUGACUCCCACCUCCUUCCUGUUUGGAGAGGAAGAGAAAAUACAUGUGGACUGUUACCAGCAAGUAUUGAACUACACCUACAAGGUGUUAAACACUGGGGUCAGCAGGUCAGUGGACACGGUGGUGGACAUCUCUCUGCCCAAGCUGCUGACCCCCCACCCUCACAGACUGCUGCAGGUGGUGGACUGGCAGGUGUCACAAGGGGCCUGCACCGUCAGCGGCGACACCGUCUCAGUCCUCGAUGACUGCGACGUCCCUCAAGCGUCCUUCAUCAAACAACUGGUCUUCUUCUUCUCCUCCACCUCCACGCGCACCAUGUUCUGUGGGCGUGGCGACCAGCUGUGCGAGCGUCUGGUGUGUCGCCUUGGCAACGUGGAGGCCGGCCGGGACGCGAGCAUCCAGCUGGAGGUCCGGCUGAACCCUGACGUUCUUCUCCAAGCGCCUGGUCGCCACGCCGUGGUGAAGUUGGAGAGCGCCGCCGUGAUGUCAUCGCCCAAGAAGGACCGUCACACCGUCCUCAAGCAGGAACGGCCCGCAGCUCACGUGCUGGUGGAGGCCCACUUCACCCAGAAACCUUCCACGCCUGUCAAAGUCUUCAUCGUGGUGGUCAGCUUGGUUCUGGGUCUGAUGAUCUUGGCCGCGCUCAUCUGGUGCUUGUGGAAGGCGGGCUUCUUCAAGAGGGACUUGCAGAAGAAGAAGGAGGAAGAGGAGUUCAACAGGGACAGCUGGGACUACGUCCCCAAACGGAACCACAGGGAGAGCACGUCCUAACGCACGUUGUUGGUUUGACUGACUUUUAUUUCACGCUGCCAAUGAAAGCCAUGCUCACUCAGUCAGGUGUAUCAACCCCCAACAACCUUUGACCUUUUUCGCCACCGUGCCAACUCCACGUGAAAAGCGCUGAGAGGCAGGGGGGGGUGGGGGGGGCCCGGAAAGGGACGGACCAAUAAGAAGGCCCGACUUCCAGGGGACCUUUGACCUCAGAGGAUGGCAGCCAUGUUUUCAUUCACCUGCUGAGAGACACUUCCUGCUUGGACUACAACACUUCCU